AUGAGCGAUCGCUCAGACCAGGAAGACAGCCCGCGGCGGGUGGACGGGUCACCGGAAGGACGAGCGCCAAAACGCCGCCACAUAUCACAUAGCGAACGUACACAGGGCUCUUCUGACCUCGAGGAUGAAGACUACAGGCGCCUGGAGGACGAGUUGCGCGGCGAGCUCGCCAGCGACCACGUCGCUAAUGACGAAGACGCCGUUCGGAGCUCCACCGCGGGACCUGCGGACGCCGACACCUCCCUGGAUGUGAUAGAGAUUGGCCCGGCGUCAGACGCGGACCCGGACUCAGACAGCGACGCCAGACUUCAACAGGUAGUCGAGAUUUCGGAUGACGAGGCCCCGCGAUCGCCGCGGCCAGAACACAAGCGCGCCCUUGAUUACAGGUGCCCUAUCUGCUUCGAUCCCCCCGAAGCUGCGCUUGUGACCCCGUGUGGACAUGUGUUUUGCACAGAAUGCCUUUUCCAGAUGGUCAACAGUUCGCGGGGUCAGCGCAGCGCUGGCCACUGCGCUCUGUGCAGAAGGGACGUGCGCUUCAAGGACGUCAGACUCAUAAUAAUGCGCAAAAAGCGCAUCCGAAAGACCUAG